GAGUAUGGCAGUGUUCUCCACCCGCCGCGGUGACGCCACAUCACUACAGACCAGUGGGAAGUCCAACAUCUGAAAAGCUUCAUCUUCCCGGAUCAGAAAUAUUCACUAUAUACAGAUUCAUUGUUCUUUUGAUGACUAUGGGUUCCUGAUCCCACAGUUUAUUUUCAUUCCAAUCCAAAAGGCCAUGAGCCAACCCAGUCCUUGGCUGCAGUAUGAGCCUCCGCACCACAGGGGGUGCUCUGUUCACCUCCCUGCGCCCUAACCUGUUUGUGAGCAACAGUGGGGGGAGUGUCGGCUGUGGUGGUCGUGGAGGAAGCAGGUGGGGCUCUCUCUCUCUGAAAUCCAUGUCUUCCCUGCUGCACACCAUGGUUCCUCCAGGCUACACUGCACUGCGAGAAGAACGACUGGCCAUGGUGGAAUUAAACUCUCCCAAGCCGGAGACGCACCAGAACGGAUUUCACCGUGAAGGUCGUCGCCUUUCUGAGCGUUCUGGGGAUGGCCGAUACAGCGAGACAGAGCCGAUGCUACCUGAGAGCCGGCUCUCAGGAGAAGAGGGAGACGGGGAAGAGGAGAGUGAAGAAGCAGGCCAGAACCCGGUCACGCAAAACAUGCCCAAGGAGUCACCAUUAGCCAUGGCUCUGCAGAUUCUGGUGCCAUUCCUGCUGGCCGGCUUUGGCACAGUGUCAGCUGGCAUGGUGUUAGAUAUAGUACAGCAUUGGGAUGCCUUCAAAUAUGUCACAGAGAUUUUCAUCCUGGUCCCUCCUCUCCUGGGUCUGAAAGGAAACCUGGAAAUGACGCUUGCCUCCAGACUCUCCACAGCAGUGAAUGUUGGCAAAAUGGAUUCGCCCAUAGAGAAGUGGAAUCUCAUCAUUGGUAACUUGGCAUUAAAACAAGUCCAAGCUACAGUGGUAGGCUUUCUGGCAGCUGUGGCGGCCAUUAUUCUUGGCUGGAUCCCUGAAGGAAAGUUCCAGAUGAGUCACGCUGUGCUGCUCUGUUCCAGCAGCGUGGCCACGGCCUUUAUCGCAUCCCUGCUGCAAGGUAUCAUCAUGGUGGGUGUGAUUGUGGGCUCUAAGAAGACAGGCAUCAAUCCUGACAAUGUAGCCACGCCAAUUGCAGCUAGCUUCGGUGACCUUAUUACGCUAGCCAUCAUGGCCUGGAUCAGUCAGGGGCUCUAUAACUGCUUGGAUUCCCACCCAUAUGUGUCGUUUCUUGUGUGUGCGUUCUUUAUGUGUCUGACUCCGGUGUGGAUGAUCAUCUCAUCCAAACACCCGGCGAGCCGACAGCUUCUCUACUCCGGCUGGGAGCCUGUCAUCACCGCCAUGGUCAUCAGCAGUAUUGGAGGUCUAAUCCUGGAUAAAACCGUGUCAGACCCCAACUUGGCUGGGAUUGUGGUUUACUCCCCUGUGAUAAAUGGUAUUGGUGGAAACCUGGUGGCCAUCCAGUCUAGCCGCAUCUCGACACACUUGCACUUCCACAGCACCCCAGGAGAGGUACCGGAUGAAGCCAAAGGCUGUUACUAUCCCUGCAGAACCUUCUGUGGCUCAGGAGCUAAUCACAGGUCAGCACAAGUGCUGCUUCUGUUGGUAGUCCCGGGCCACUUGGUCUUCUUGUAUACCAUUCACCUGAUGAAAAGUGGCCACACGUCCUUGACACCCAUCUUCAUGGCUGUGUUCUUGGCUGCAGCGCUGCUACAGGUGUUCCUCUUGCUGUGUAUAGCAGACUGGAUGGUCCACGUCAUGUGGAAGUCUGGGAAGGACCCGGACAGUUUCUCUAUCCCGUACCUGACGGCGCUGGGAGACCUGCUUGGCACCGCGCUCCUGGCCUUGAGCUUCCACUUCCUGUUUUUGAUUGGGGACCAAGACAGCGAUGUAGGUGACUAGGGUCAAACUCUUUCACUGGUCAUCUGUUACAUCUCUGCCAAAGCUGGGCUGCGUUGCUAUAGGGCGCAUCUAGCCACCGAUUAAAGUAUGGAGAUGACUUUAUAUCAUGUGGUAUGAGAGGCAUAGAGAGGACCAAUGAGGAUGAGAAUUCCUCAUCAGUUGGAACAUUUUAUAGUGCUUUUUAAAGGACUUAAAAUUAUUUAAUAUUCAGCUUUUGAGAGAUUAUUGUAUGCAGCUUCAUUCCAAUCAUUUUGGAAAGAAGGUUAGAAUUCUGGGAGGUGUCGCUGAUCGUUCAGAUGUGAAUUAACAAUAUGAAUUAAUAAAUAUCAGCCUUUUUUCUGUUCACAUCAAAUCCAUUAUGGAGAUUAUUGUUAUUUUCUAUCCAUACUCCCUCCCCCCUUUGCUCGUCCUGAGCAGGAUUCCGCACUUUGAAAGAAAAUUAUACUUUUUUUUUGUGUGUUUUGGUAUGUCCGGUCAGUUUGAUGUCUACAUUUCAGUGUUUACAUGUUCUGUUUACAUGUACGCAACUCUACAUGGCACGAGGCAUGUAUGCCUGAGAAACGUCUGCAUGUGGAUGAUCGCGCAACGUUUGUCUUUGUUGGCUUAUUUCCUCUUUGUCUAUAUAUGUUUCAAGCAUACAUUCUGCUGUCUUUGUUGGUUUUUCUUUAUGGGGAAAAAUAUAACUCUGAUCUGUUUUUUUUAUACUCACAAUAAAUGUUAAGUAUUUGUUUAUAGUCA